UUCACCAAAGCUACCAUUUUUUUUUCUCAUUCCAAGCAUUGCAACCAUGGUUUCUCCCUCUCACAAUUCCAUGAUUUUCUUUCUUUUCUUUACUGCAAAUCUUUGGCUAUGCUUUGUUCCUUCCACGGCGGAGCUUAAGCGUUUUGAACACCCCGUGAAAGCUGAUGGGUCUCUAAGCUUUUUGGUCGUUGGAGAUUGGGGAAGAAAAGGACUCUACAACCAAUCCCUUGUUGCUACUCAGAUGGGAGUAGUAGGGGAGAAACUGGACAUAGACUUUGUGAUAUCGACUGGGGAUAAUUUCUACGAAGAUGGAUUGACAGAGGUGUCUGAUCCAGCAUUCAAUGAGUCCUUUAUCAAUAUCUACACUGCCCCAAGCUUGCAGAAACAAUGGUAUAAUGUUCUGGGAAACCACGACUACAGGGGCGAUGUAGAGGCACAAUUGAGUCCCAUCCUCACGAAGAUGGACCACAGAUGGCUUUGCUUGAGAUCUUUCAUUGUGAAUGCAGGAUUUGUGGAAUUUUUCUUUGUGGACACAACUCCAUUCGUGAAUGAAUACUUUACUGACCCAAAUGAGAGCACCUAUGAUUGGAAAGGUAUUUUGCCACGCCAGGAAUAUCUUUCAAACCUCUUGGAGGAUGUGGAUUCAGCAUUGAGGGAUUCCACGGCAAAAUGGAAGAUUGUGGUCGGUCACCAUACAAUCAAAAGUGCUGCGCAGCAUGGUAUCACUAUAGAGCUUGAAGAGCAGCUUCUCCCAAUCCUUCAGGCAAAUAAUAUUGAUUUGUACGUAAAUGGGCAUGACCACUGCUUGGAACACAUUAGUAGCACUAACAGCCAAAUUCAAUUUCUAACAAGUGGAGGUGGCUCUAAGGCAUGGAGGGGUGAUAUUAGGGAGUGGAACCCCGAGGAAUUGAAGCUAUAUUAUGAUGGACAAGGUUUUAUGUCAAUGCAAAUUACUCAAACCCAUGUGGAUAUUGGGUUCUAUGAUGUUUUUGGCAAUGUUUUGCACAAAUGGGGCAUCUCCAAAGACCAUGACUCUGCCGAAUUAUAAAGAGAAAUAUAUGCUAGCAGUACCAUGGACAAAAAGCUCCACUUGUCCAAGAGAGAGAU